AUCACGGUAGUGGUAUAAUUUGUAUCUAACCGUGAAUGGCUGUCACUUUUGGGUUCUUCAUGGUCGUGUCUUUAUACCUUAGACCCGCAAAUGGGAAAUAGUAGAUCUUAUUUCGUCUAGUCAUGAUACGGUUGCACUUUUAAAAGACUCAAAUCUUUAGCAACCUUAAGUUUCAAGUGUGUUGUAUACAAAUAUAAAAGUUUUUAGUUUUAAUGAUCAAGAAACCAGUGUUUUGAUAUUAUUUUGUAAUUACUUCAAAAAGUAUUUAUAAUAUGGAUAAUUUAUCAUUAGAUUCUAGCAAUGAUUUUUUGAUAGAAGAAGAUUAUAGUUUAGAAGCCAACACUUGUGGCAUUUGCAAAAAUCAGCUUAUGUGCCCAAGAAUUUUGAACUGUUUACAUGUAUUUUGUGAGAAAUGUAUUUUACAAUUAGUAAAUGUAAAUUCAAUGUUUAGUGUUUUAAAUAUAAUAUGUCCUACCUGUAGUCAGCCCACUACUACUCAGUUAAAUCGUGGUGCUUUGACAUUACCUCAGGACUAUGUAACAAGAGAUAUUCUUGAGAUAGAAAUGUUGAAAAAUCACAAACUUAUUUGUAAGUCUUGUCGAGACAAUAAAGAAGCAACUCAUAAGUGUAUAACUUGUUGCAACUUUUUAUGUUCAAGUUGUGAGAGCAUGCAUAAAAUGCUUGUUACUCCUGGGCAAUACCAUUAUAUGGUAUCUAUUGAUGAUAUGAUUCGAAAUGCACAAGAUAAAACUGCUAUUCAUAAAAUGGUUUUGUGUGAAAAGCAUAAUAAUGAACAAAUGGUUUAUUACUGUAAUACUUGUAAUGAGUUAGCAUGCACCAAAUGUCUUAAUAUACCCACUCCAAGAACUUGUCAACAUAGCUAUGAUAGUUUAUCCAAUGCAUAUAAAAAGUAUGGUACUGAAUUAGAGUAUCUUGUGCGUGAAAGCAAAAAUGUUAUGAAGAAUGUUUCUGUUUUACCAGCUUCUUUAGAAAAAGCAUUAGAUAUUCUGCAGCUUUCUCACGAUCAUAUAAAAUCAAAUAUUGAGGAGACAUUCCAGAGUUUUAAAGCUAUACUAGAAACUUGCAAAAAUGAUGCGUUAGCUCAACUUAAAUCUGUACAAAAACAGCAGGAAUUAAAAAUAAUGGAUAAAUUUGAAGAAGUAAAAAAAAUUACGGAUAGCAUUGAUGGAGUACAACAAUUUGCCACUCGUCUUUUAGAAAAUGGUAGUGAAUCUGAAAUAAUGGCUUUAAAGAAACUUAUAUUUACCCAAAUGCUACAACUUUUUGGCCAAAUACCUGAUGUAGAUAUUGAUUCAAAAAUAUCCUACACUCCUGAUAUAUCUGGUUUUAAAAAUACUUGUCAGAAAUAUUUUGGCCAAAUUGAAACUGAUCAAUGCAACAAUGUAACUGUUGGACCUAUAUCUCCACCUACGCCUAGAUCUAAUUUUUUAACAGACCGUCCUUUUCCACCUCCAGUAUUAACUUCAAUGGUGGAAUCUCAAAUAUUUGAUUUAAACUUAGCUCGUUUAUGUUCGCUUAAUGUUGAGGAUAACCCUAUACUACCAACAUUGCAGACAUCUGAUUCAUUAAGUGACUUACUAAGCACCCCAACUAAUUUAGACAAUAAUUUUGCUCUCAAUAAUUUACAAGCACUUGCAAAACUCGACAAUAUGAAUAUUAACAACAACAACAAUAACAAUAAUAUGAUUCAAAGUUUAAUGAGCCCAUUAGUUUUAAACCAGCCAGGUCUUGAUCCAUUCUCUAUGGGUAGCGGUUCAUCUAUGAGUUCUCCUACAACUACAUUGUCUCCAGAUAUUUAUGGUGUAGCCACUAACUCUAAUUGGUAUAGUAAAGAGAGACGAGCCCCACCAACUAGACCUAAACGUCAUUCUAGUAGACCUAGUAUGGAUAUUGUUGCAAAAUUUGGUCAAAUGGGAAGUGGUCUUGGUCAGUUUCAUUCUCCUCAUGGUUUUUGUCUUAGUCCAUCUGAAGAUAUUGUAGUUGCAGAUACUCAUAACCAUCGUAUACAAGUGUUUGAAAAAGAUGGUACAUACAAAACGGAAUUUGGUAGAGAGGGUAAAGAAGAUGGCUAUUUAUUUUACCCUAGAAAAGUUGUAUUUUUAAAUCACAAUCAGAUAGUUGUUUGUGACCGUGGUUCAGAUAGAUCAAGAGUACAAAUAUUUGAAUAUCCUACUGGUAAAUUUAUCAAAAAAAUACAAGUUCAAUUUAUUGAAAUAGUUGCUGGAGUAGCUGUAACUGCUAAUGGUCAUCUUGCUCUGGUUGAUAGUGUACAUCCAACUGUAUUUGUAUUAAAUGUUAAUGAAGAUAAUGGAAUAAUGAAGUGGUUUGAUUGUGCUUCUUACAUGGAAGAACCGUCAGAUAUAAUAGUCAGAGAUGAAGAUUAUUAUGUUUGUGAUUUUAAAGGCCACUCAAUAGUAGUAUUUAAUGAUGAGGGUGUUUGUUUGCGACGAAUUGGAGGUGAAUACAUUACUAGUUUUCCAAAUGGUAUAGAUAUAUCUGAAAAUGGUGAAAUAUUAGUUGGUGAUUCUCAUGGUAAUCGUUUUCAUGUAGCUGUAUUUUCUCAUGAUGGUACUCAUUUAACAGAUUUAGAAUGCCCUUAUAUAAAAGUAUCUCGUUGUUGUGGAUUAAAAAUCACUUCUGGAGGUCAUAUUGUUACAUUGGCUAAAAAUAAUCAUCAUGUUCUUGUUUUGAAUGCAACAAUUUAACUUGAUUGUAAAAUUGAUCUUUAUCUAUUACCCAAAAAAUUUAAUUGGUAACUUAAUUUUUCCUGUUUUGCUUCAAUUUUUAUUUUAUAGUUAAUUAUUUUUUGAGACUGCUCGAAGUGCAUUUUUUUUCUAGAUAUAACAAAUUUAUUUUAUUUUUAAGGAUGUUGACAUUUUACUGAUUUUUUUAUUUUAUUUUAACCAUAAUUAUUAAAAUUAAUUUAUUUCCUCAAUAAGAAAAAGUAAUUUUAGUUCCUAUUUAUUAAAAGGUAUAAUAUAUUAAUAUAUGAGUUGUUUUCAUUCAGUUAAGAUUUUUUUUUAUCUUGAAACUUAUUGUUACAUAAACUUACAUUUUUUGUUUAUGAAAAUAAUGGGUGUUGACCUCGUUUCAAACAAUCUAGUUAACAUUUAGUCAAUUUAAUCUAGACUUAGAUAAUUUUCAAAUAUUUAUGUAAAUAAAUUUCAUUAAAUGAAUAUUUUAUUUAUAUUAUAAAAUAUAAAGCAAAAUAACUUGGCUAUAUAUAAAAAUGUUAUUUUAUAAUUAAAUAAAUUCAAAUAUUGUUCACAAAUGUACAUGCAAUAUUAAACAUUAAUUGUUAUUUUGUUUUAUUAA